UUAUUCGCAAUGACCACGCCUCCUGCGUUGUCUUUCCGCCAAAGUGUCGGCCGUCAAGUGACCAUCAAGCCGGAACGCAACUAAAAAUGUCCGACCAAGGGCUGACGAAUGAAGCAGCUGCGGCAGCGUGUAAAGCGGGGAACCCCAUCACUAAAGACUUCAUGAUGCAGCAGACGAUGCUGCGGGUUAAGGAUCCGGUUAAAUCCCUGGAUUUCUACACACGCAUUUUGGGAAUGACGCUGUUACAGAAGUUUGAUUUCCCCUCCAUGCGAUUCACCCUGUAUUUUCUGGGUUAUGAGGAUAAGAAAGAGAUCCCUGCAGAUGUGAAGGAGAGGACAGCCUGGACGUUCUCCCGUCGAGCCACUAUAGAGCUCACACAUAACUGGGGCUCAGAGACAGAUGACAGCCAGUCUUACCACAACGGCAACUCAGACCCAAGAGGCUUUGGCCAUAUUGGAAUUGCUGUACCGGAUGUCUAUGCUGCCUGCAAGCUGUUUGAAGAGAAUGGAGUGACCUUUGUAAAAAAGCCUGAUGAUGGUAAAAUGAAGGGCCUGGCCUUUAUUCAGGAUCCUGAUGGUUACUGGAUUGAGAUUCUCAGCCCUAACAACAUGGUGUCCAUCACUUCUUAAAGACUGUUGUUAUGCUGUGACCUUAUCAGAAGACACUAGUUGUGAAAAUCAAGGACAGUUGGGUGAUCAGAAAGGGGGAUUGCUCUGUGGAUAGCAUGAAAAGCUGUGCACUUUGAAGACUGAAAAUCUCUGACACGUGUGUUAGACAUCUGGUCAGCUGAAAAUAAAAUAUAACAAUCUAAUUUGACAUUUACUUUUUGAAAUAAUGCAGUCCUCCAUAGAGUCUAACCCUAAAAGUUUACAAUAAUAAUACUAAAAUAAAUAUUUUUGCAGUCAUUCUAACAUUAAAACCCUUCCUUUAUUCGUUAAAAUAAAGCAAUGCAAGUA